UGCUGGCCUCCGGGCAGGCCGAGAUCGAGAACCACCUGGAAAUGGGGCGCAAGCUGCUGGCGGCCGGACAGCUGGCCGAGGCGCUGUCUCACUACCACUCCGCUGUCGAAGGCGACCCCAAGAAUUACCUCACCUAUUACAAGCGAGCCACCAUCUACUUGGCCAUGGGCAAGUUCCGCUCGGCACUGCCCGACCUUUCGAAGGCCAUUGAGCUCAAGCCGGACUUCCUGGCCGCCAGGCUGCAGAGGGGUAACAUUCUCCUGAAGCAGGGCAACACGGAGCAGGCCAAGCAGGACUUCGAAGCCGUGCUGCAGAGCGAUCCUGGCCACAAGGAGGCUCAGAGCCAGCUCGCCAGACUCACCGAGCUGGAAGUGACCAUGCAGGAGGCCCGGGCAGCCUAUCAGAGGACAGAGUACGCGGGAGCCAUUGGCAUCCUGGAGCGAGUCGUCGAGAUCUCCCCGUGGGACCCCGAUGCCAAGGAGCUGCGCGCCGAGUGCCACCUCCUGCUGGGCGACUACGGCCAGGCCAUCCUGGACCUGAAACCCACCACCAAGCUCCGCGCCGACAACCGGGCGGCUUUCCUUAAGCUCAGCCAGCUCUACUACGGCCUGGGGGAGCACGAGGAGGCCCUGGCGCAGGUACGUGAAUGUCUCAAGCUGGACCAGGACGACAAGGCGUGCUUCGCCCACUACAAGCAGGUCAAGAAGCUCUCCAAGCAGCUGGAGUCGGCUGAGGAGCACGUCCGAGCGCAGAGGUACGAGGAAGCCAUCGACAAGUACAAAGCAGCCAUGAAGACGGAGCCGCAAGUGGAGGUUUAUAUCAUCAAGGCCAAGGCGCGCAUCUGUCACUGCCUGUCCAAGAGCAAACGGCCCCAGGAAGCCAUCGACGUCUGCACAGAGGCUCACCAGCGGGACCCACGCAACGUCUUCAUCCUGCGGGACCGGGCCGAGGCCUACAUCCUGAACGAGGAGUUCCAGAGAGCGGUGGAGGAUUACCAGGAGGCCAAGGAGUUCGACGGGGAAAACGAAGAGGUGAAGGAGGGGCUGGAGAGAGCCCAGAAGCUGCUGAAGCAGUCAAGGAAACGCGACUACUACAAGAUACUGGGGAUCCGGAG